AUGGCAGAGCGUCCGCAAAUCACGCUGGGCUCUCCCUUGCCCAAGACGCCGCCCAAGACACGCGGCAACAAACUGCCCGACUUGCUCGCCCAAUUCGGCUCACACAGUUCAGGAGACUCGGCAACAAAGCUGCGGCGCACCUCUUCGCAGCUCGACGCAAAGAGCGCAAAGGAGGACGUGGUUCGCGACACGGAGAACAAAGACGGCCUCCAGGCACCCGCCGCGCGACCAGAACCCCCCAAAACCCGACCAACACGCAAAUCUGCGUCUUUUGCAACACAGCCCGCCCCCGAAGACUCCAGCGAAGACGAACUUGCACCGUCAGCAGCGCGCAGACCGACCAGGAAGUCAACCGGAAGCAUCAGAGACAACACCAGCACCACACAGAGCGUCAGGGGCAGCGCAAGAAUCUCUGCAUUGAACGAGGAGCUGCAGAUGGAGAAGCGCAAGCGAGACCGCGAGGCUGACGCCGGUCGCCGUCGAGGCACCCGCGACAGGAAGACGAGGAUCCUCGAGUCGGACACAAUGGACCCGCCGUCCCCUCCACGUUCGACCAGGCGCAAGGCUGCACCCCCGAAGCUCGACUCGGCCCGCAACCGCCUGCGAGAUGCCAUUGCUCAGCAGUCCAAGGCGAAGGCCAACAACUUCCUCGUGGCCAACAAGGACUACUUCCUGCCCCUGCUACCGCCCAACAACCAGGUCAAGAAGCUGGUCGCCAGCCACAAUGCGAAGCCUAUCGUGCCAUACAAGCAGCUUCAGGAACAGCCAGAGGGUGUUACCGCGACCAUGAAACCGUACCAGCUUUCUGGUCUCUCAUACCUCGUGCACCUCUACAACAAUGGCUUCUCCGGCAUCCUGGGUGAUGAGAUGGGUCUCGGAAAGACUCUCCAGACGCUGUCACUCUUCCAGUAUCUAGAGGAACUCGAUCGCAAGAACGGCGUCACGUCCGAAGAGCUACGACCAUACCUUGUCAUCUGUCCCCUCAGUGUCCUCAAUUCUUGGGUCACCGAGGCUGAGAAGUGGGUGCCUGGGCUCAGGGUGCUCCGCUUCCAUGGCGCGGCAAGCGAGCGCGUACGCCUGAAGCGAGUGGCGUCCGGCAUGGAGGAUAUGCGAGGCCACGAGACGCUGCAGUCCAAGAAGAAGAAGGCUUCCCGCAAGGCCGGCUUCAAGGUGUCAAAGAACUCUACCGAAUUCGAGUCGUCCUCAUACAAGAUCAUUGUUACUACCUACGACACAUUUGCAGCUGAGCAGUCCUGGUUCAAGACCUCCUUCGUAUGGCGCUAUGUCGUGCUUGACGAAGGCCACAAGAUCAAGUCCAGCGUCACCCAAAUCUCGCAGGCACUGCGCAACAUCAGCGCCGAGUACCGUCUCAUUCUCACGGGCACACCGCUCCAGAACAAUCUCACUGAGAUGUGGGCCCUGCUCGCCUGGUUGUAUCCCGACGUCUUCAUUGAGAACACGUCCACCUUGUUCAAAGAGUCGUUCGAUCUCAACAAGGGCAAGGUCAACCGACAGACUAUGGAUGACGCGCGACACCUCCUUGAGCUCAUCAUGCUUCGCCGUAUGAAGGACAGCCCUGGUGUCAACCUCGGGCUGCCACCCAAGGAGGAGAUUCUGCUCUAUGUGCCACUCACACCUAUGCAGCGUUUCUGGUACACUCGACUGCUCACCCGCGUCGACAACGCCAUGCUCACUGAGCUUUUCGCUGAUGGCAAGAGCAAAGAGAAGGCUGCGAUUGAACAGGACAGGAAAGAAGAUCAAUUGCUUCAGCAGGUUGAGAAGCUACAGAAUGUGGUUGGUGACCAAGGCGAGUGGAAGGAGACGGCCCAAAUCAUGCGACAAACCAUUGAGAAGGAGCAAGGCAGUUCUGAAGUCAAAUCUGCCUGGCAGAAGCUGAUGAAUCUCGUCAUGCAGCUGCGCAAGUGCUGCUCCCACCCCUACUUGUUGCCUCGGGUCUCCCCAGACCCGUACUAUCUCGGCGACCACAUUAUCCGCGCUUCUGGAAAGUUCAUUUUGUUGGAGAAGUUGAUCAAGCAUACUGUGAUGAACCAGGGCAAGAAGGUUUUAAUCUUCUCUGGCUUCACUCGCACCCUGGACUACACCGAAGAUUUGCUAUCACUCAUCAGCAACCACGGUCGUGACUUCAAACACCUCCGCUUCGAUGGCAGCACCGCUCGUGCAAAGCGUAACCUUGAUAUCCGCCUCUUCAACCAAGAAUCGUCAGACUACAAGGUCAUGUUGCUUUCGACUCGCGCUGGUGGUCUGGGCAUCAACCUCACGAGCGCACAAGACGUCAUCUUCUUGGACGAAGACUGGAACCCGCAAAUCACUCUUCAAGCUGAGGCUCGUGCUCAUCGUAUCGGACAAACCAAGAAGGUCACCAUCUACAAGAUCUGCACCCAGGGCACUGUUGAAGAGCAGAUGAUGGGUCGCAUUCGCAAGAAGCUGUACCUCUCUGCCAAAAUCACCGAGUCUAUGCGCAAUAUCCACAGCGAGCAAGCUCUCUCCAAGAGCAAGGAAAAGUCAACUGCCGAUCGCGAGUCUCUCGGAGACGACAUGCCUCAAAUGGAUACCUCGCAACUGAAGACGCUUGUACGUCGUGGUGCGCAGACCUUGUCUCAUCCAGACAUCGACGCCACGGAGAUGGUGUCCUGGGACCUCGAGACUAUGAUGGAGAAGUGCCGAGACAAGCCAGCCGAUGCUACUCUGUCUGAGGCUGUGCAGUCUGAGGCCGACGAGGAGAAGUGGCUGUCUGUUAUGGAGCGCGUAGAGUGCGCUGUCUUCGACGGCAAGCGCUACCAGCGGGAGCUUGAUAGCAAAACCAAGCGUGCGAACAAAAACAUCCUCCCAGACUCCAUCACCCGCGAGGAUCGUCGCAAGGGCAAGAACACAACAGUCAUGGUCGAUGGCUAUGCAAUCAGCAAGGAGUCCAUGACCUGCGCCGAUUGGGAGGCUGUACCUACCAUGGCCGGGAAGGAUCCUCGCCUUGCCGACCCAGUCCGCGAGAAGCGCCGCACGUUCAGCCACGAAGAGCACUGCCUCACAUGCUUCGAGGGUGCUGAUGCCGGACACAUGGUCAACUGCAAGAGCUGCCCGCGAAACUUCCACUUCGACUGUCUCGAGCCGUCAUACAAGGCCAAGGUCAAGAACUUUUCUGGUUUCUUCUGCCCCCAACAUGUGUGCUGCGACUGCGGCAAGAGCACCUCUGAUGCCGGUGGCUUGAUCUUCCGCUGCCGCUGGUGCCCACAGGGCUUCUGUGAAGACUGUCUGGACUGGGACAAGACCGAGCUCAUCGGCGAUAACCUCCCCGAGUUCGAGAUUAUCGGUGAAGAACCCACCGCUGGUGGCUUCUACAUCAAGUGCCCGUCAUGCACUCACUUGAUCGAAGAGAACGAGGAGCAAGAGGCUUGGAUCGAGGGCAUGGAGAACACAUACAAAGAGCAGCACGACGUUUGGAUCAAGUACCGCGAGGAUUCGCAGCGAGAGCUCGAGAAGCGCGACUUGGAGGACGCCGAGCUCAAGGUGUUGGAAGCCGGCACUGUCGAGACCAACGACUCUCCAAAGAAGCGCAAGUCCUACAUCAUCGAGGACGAUGACGAGGAGGAGGAGGACAUCCCCUCGCCUCCCGCUCUCACGGAUACUUCCUUGCCCACCCCGGCGCUCGAUGGUUCGCGCUUGAGCACCCCGCAGCCGCUACUCAACGGCAAGGGCAGCAAGAGGAUGGCGGAUGCGGAUUUGGGCGAGACGCGCUUGGAGAAGAAGGCCAGGCUGGAUGCGCAGGCUUGGAGGGUUGGAGACGAUCCACUCAUGAAGGCGUUGGAGUAG